GAGCCUCCUGCCUCUGCCUCCUAAUUCUGGGUUUAAGGCCUGGGCCUCCACAUUUGGCCCUCUCAUUAGCUUUUGGGUCUUCCCUGUUAGAGCAGACACGAAAGCUUUGGACCACUCUUUUCAGGAGAUCGUAAUCUCUUCUUGUGAGUACUAAUACCUCUCCAGCAGUCCAGCCUCUCGCUGGGGGCAGCAGGAGGUCCUUCCAGACCUCCUUUCUGUUGCCACCAAUACUGGUUAGUCCUGGACACCUUCUCUGUUCCCUUUGAGGAAGGGGAAGGUUGUCUCCAGCUUGGUGGGCAGGAGGGGACAGUUCAACUGCUUUGUCAGGAAUGGCCUUCCUAGUUCAUGGCUUCUUUCCUUCCACAGCCUGACCUCUCUACAAGGACUGAGUGGAAGGUGAGGUCCUGGAUCCUUCGGCAAGGCUCCUGCCUUACCCCCAGGAGGACAAUGACCAAGGUCAAGGAGAUGGUGACCUUCAGGGACGUGGCCGUGGUCUUCAGUGAGGAGGAGCUGGGGCUGCUGGACGCUGCUCAGAUGAAGCUGUACCGAGAGGUGAUGCUGGAGAACUUCAGGAUGCUGCUCUCAGUGGGAGACAAGAAUCCUGAGGCAAUCCAGUCUCUUGAGGAAGUGGGACCGAGGCACCUGCCACACGAGGCGCUUUUCUGCUCACAAAUCUGGCAGCAGGUGAGCAGGGACCUAACGAAGGCUGGAGACCGCAGAGUAAGCAACAGGGAAACUGGCUCUCCGAUGAAACAAGAUGAUGCACAUGGUACGGACAAGGAGUACAACAAACAUUCCGGUCAGAAAUCACAGCUCCAACUCCACUGUGGAACAAACGGUGGUGAAGAACCUUGCAGAGAGGAGAGGAGUGAGAAAGCCUCUCCUCUGCAGGCUCAUGGGCGACCCCCCGCAGGAGAGAAGAGGUAUUGGUGUGGAAAAUGUGACCACUCCUUCUGUCGGUUAUCGGGGCUCCAAGCGCAUCAGGUGAGGCACACUGGAGAGAAGCCAUACAAGUGUGAGGAGUGUGGCAAGGGCUUCACUCGGGCCUCCACCCUUCUGGACCACCAGCGAGGCCACACUGGAAACAAGCCCUAUCAGUGCAAGGCUUGCUGGAAGAGCUUCUGUCACAGCUCCGAGUUUAACAAUCACGUCCGAGUCCACACGGGAGAGAAACCCUAUGUAUGCACAGAGUGUGGGAAAGGCUUCAGCCAGGCCUCCCAUCUCCUGGCCCAUCAGAGAGGCCACACUGGAGAGAAACCCUACAAAUGUAGCACGUGUGGGAAGGGGUUCAGCCGGAGUUCAGAUCUUAACGUUCACUACAGAAUCCAUACGGGAGAGAAACCCUAUAGGUGUGAGACGUGUGGGAAAGCCUUCAGUCGGGUCUCCAUACUCCAAGUGCACCAGAGGGUCCACAGUGAAGACAAACCGUACCAGUGCGCCGAGUGUGGGAAGGGCUUCACCGUAGAGUCCCACCUUCAAGCGCACCAGCGGUCCCACACUGGAGAGAGACCCUAUCAGUGUGAGGAGUGCGGGAGAGGCUUCUGUCGGGCCUCCAAUUUUCUGGCUCACCGUGGAGUCCACACAGGCGAGAAACCCUAUCGAUGCGACGUAUGCGGAAAACGCUUCCGGCAGAGAUCCUACCUCCAGGACCACCACAGGAUCCACGGGAGAGAAACCCUACAGAUGCGAGGAGUGUGGGAAGGGCUUCAGCUGGAGCUCAUACCUCAAGGCCCACCAGAGAGUUCACACGGGAGAGAAACCCUACAGAUGCGAGAACUGUGGGAAGGGCUUCAGCUGGAGCUCAAGUCUCCUGAUUCACCAGCGCGUCCAUGCGGAGGAUGAGGGCCACCGCAAGGAUUUGCCUCAUGGGGAGCUG